AUGGUACAAAGUGUGGGCGUCUCGCGGGCCUACGCGGUCCUUCGGAAGCUUGAGCUGCUGCGCCAACUGGACGUGCUGGACCCGCUGCCGCCGGAUACCGACACGGAUACCGGCAGCACUGUGUCAGAUGCCGCGCGGGGCAACUGUCGGCCGGCUCUUGCGUCGUCACCGUCAAUGGCUGCCCGCCACGCUGCGGAGAAAUGGCCUCGACAGGACACGUCUCCCAUCACCGCUCCCCACACUGACAGCAUCGGCCGGAAGCAGAAGACAGCAGACGCACUGUGGUGUGACGAGGCAGAGUCAACGGAGCUUCUGCGCCUGCAAGAGGAGAUACCAACGCACUCCAUCGAUUCGCCAAUUGUGAGUGACAGUUGCAGAGAACCACAUAUGGUGCAAGGGUACAGUUACAUCACUACCGAGUCUGCGACGACAGGGAGGCGAAUUUCGCAGCACCCCACGGUGAAUGGAAGGAAUCAGGCAUUACAGCGUGUUCUACAAGAAAUUGUGGCAAUGCGGAAACAGGCCAGUGGGAAGGCAGGGAAUUCUGGCCAGGGAGACGUUUAUAAAUGCCCACAGCAGCUGCCGUGCGAAGUGGCAGGUGGUGUCCCGUGUGCCUUAAGCGGCGGCAUAAGGCGGGCGUUGCCGCGGUUAAUGUCGCCGUCGCCGGACGUUGUUGAGGACGAGGACGUUUUCUUUGAUGAGUUGCCUCUUUCACUUUCCACAGGGGCCCGCGGCACAAAGCGGCAGGAGGAGGGGCAACGCCCUGAACAGAGGAAGAGGGCUCUGACUCAGUACCAGCACGAAUUUUCUCCUCCUGAUGAAGAGGGUGCAAGUGACGAUGUCUCGCGUACAAAGGCUACGGAGGAGCAAGCUUCCGCCGUGGUUCCACAGCGACACAGCCCAACGAGGAGGACAAAGGAUGCGCCUACUUCCUCGGCCGUGAGUGAGUACACCAAGUCACUCCUGCGCCAGCGGCAGCAGUGUCAGGGCAAACCACAAGUUGAAAUUCAACAACAACGGGGGGACCAACAAAGCAAGGCUGUUAAGCCACAUACGCAAUCCGAGCUGACACUUUCGACAACCUUUUUCUCACCCAUCACCCGUGUUGCAAAUCGUAACGAGGACCUCUCACCUCUCCCCAGUAGAGGUUUGGACUUUGAGAGCGUGCAGAGAGAGGUUUUGAAUCCACCACUUGGUGCAUACCUGCAAGAGAUGACAAUCAUGGGUUCAGCCGAGAUGCAAGAAAAGCUGCGUGGGAUGGAGGGCUGUUGUGAUGUGUCUGCAGUGCGAUGUCGAGAUUGGUUCGCACUCACAGCUCUUGCAAACGCGCAUGGUGCUGUUCGCCACGUCAUGCUCCCACUGCUUCUUGCAGAGUUGACAGAAAGAGCUGAAUCGAAGGAAGAGGGCGACAGUGAUGCCAAUUCACGUAUGUCGCAUAUUCUUUGCGCCUUGAUUGGGUUUGGAGAGCUGGCAGUGAGUGCCCUUUCACUGCUGCUUGAAAUGCUCACCAACACUCUCGGGUGUUCUAGACUUGUGGCUUUGGCGAUACGGUCCGUGGGUGGCGAUGAGGGUCUGCGUGCACUUUGUCGUGUGGCGCGUUGCGAUCGCCUGGAUUCAAGUGUCCGUGCGGCCGCCAUUUACGGUAUUAGUACGCUGGCAUAUCCUGUGCUGGGCCAUACGACUGUUUACUGCGUGGGGACGCCUGGGUUGAGUGAUGUGGCUGUCUUCUACCAGCCCCCGGUGCCUGCGAGUUACAUAGAGGUGGGGAGCAAUGGCGAGCGGCGCCGGGAACCGUCUUUGCAGUGUCCACCGCCGUAUCGACCCACACACAUCAUACUGAGUGCUGAGCUGGUACGUAAGCAACUAAUUCAGUUCACCGUGUCAAGGAAUUUUAGACGUGCAACGAGUAGUUAUGAAACCCUGCCACUUGUUCUGAACGAUUUUGCCCAUGAUGCAUCUGAAGCAUGCCUGCAGCAAGGAAUACCUGACGAUGUGCAGGAGGCGCUGCGUCAGUGUGCGCUUGAGCUCGACGUGCCACAUGCGUUACCCCGUGUACUGCCAUUUUCGUACGAUCCACAUUAUGUUGGUCGUGAGGAGGAACUCUUUUCCAUUGAGGAGACCCUCAUGACAAUUCUCCACGAUCGAGGAACACCGUUGGAUGUGAUAGAGCAGACACUCGUGUCCAUUGCAUCGCUUCCGGAUUUCGCUACGACACACGCGGCGUCACCUGUCCUUGAUUACGUUGUUCAUUGUGUGUCACGCUUUGAACAGCGGGACGGGGAUGCCUUAUAUGGAGAGGAGGGCGUUCUUGUGGCGGGACUUGUAGCACUGGGGCGCCUGCUGCGGAAUGAGGGGACCCCACCCAGCGUGAUUGAUACUGCCUGCGUUGUGCUGCUGCAUAACCUGUCCUCGCCGUCGUGUCGGCUGCGUCACGCUGCCUGCAUUGGACUGGGCGAGGUGGGUUCUGUGUCGAAUAAGCGAGGGGACAUCGUCCGCGCGCUCACUGCAUCCCUGAGUGAUGCUACGAUGAAUCACGAGACUGUCGCAUGGGCGCUCACCCGCCUGGGACUCCGCGGCGUGCGGGUGCUGUUAGACCGCAUCGCUCCUCCUCUUAGUGCUGGUGCUGGCGGUGGUCGUAGCAGUAACGGUAGCAACAGGCCGGAAAUCAACAAUGACAAUCGGCGUCACGCUGCGGAGGUACUCCCAAUCUCGACACGCAUAAUGUGCGCGCGGGCGCUGGGUAAAGUUGAAUUCUUGACAAUUUCGCUUGGAAUUCACGAGGACGCACGCCGAUUGCAGGAGGAGUUGGUGCGAGGACUCGCUGCGAUUAUUGCCUCUGCCCAGCUGGAGGAGGAUGUUGCGCUGGAGUGUGCCUAUGCCCUUGGGGAUGCGGUGGGCGUGGGCGUUGAUGGCGGGACGCCAACGCCGUGCCGGGAUGAGGAGGCGGCAAACUACUACCGCAGCGAGGCCCCGAAUGAGGCCUUUGAGGUGUUGAAGGGGCUUAUUGAGGCGGUCUUGCUUCCCCUUUCCGUGGAGAAGGCGCUGUUUUACGCACUUUGCCUCUACGGUGGGGCGCACGGUGAACUGUACGCUUCCCAAACGGCCAUUCAAAGCUCUCUCGUGGUGCUGCGCGCUGCGGCGGCCUUUGCCUUGCGGGUAUCUGGGGGCAAAGUCAUCCGCACCGUUGUGAUGGCUCUCAAUGAUGACGACGCCAGUGUACGGGUCGAGGCGUUUGACACGUUGGACGCCGUCGGCGUUGAGGCCGUCCUGGCGGUCCUGCGGAUGCGGCCCCACAAACACACUCAUCAGGUGAUUGCGGCGCUGCGGGACUGUCUCCUGCGGGACAUGGGACGCGAGACAAAGCGUCAGGCCGCCCAGGACCUUUAUGCAGCGUUGGUGAGAGCUUGA